AGAAACAACGACACCCAUAAAAGUAAUACAAUCAAAAUUCAUCAUAAACAAAAAACAGCGUGUUUUGUUAAUGACACACAUACACACACACACACACACAGCUGCGCAAAGUGCGUAAGUCCUCAGGUCACGUGACCUGACGUAACUGAGGAGUAAUCUCUGCAGCAGAGAAGCUAACGGCUAACAGCUGAGCUAACAGUAAUCACACACACACACACACACACACUCAGCAGAAUGAGAAAGUCCGCGGCAAAACGGUGACGUUAUUCAGAGUGAUCGUGUGUGUGGGUUCUGUCAACAGCAGGAUGUCCAUCCCUGCCCCACCACCUCCUCCUCCACCAGGGGGCCCCCCACCUCCCCCCACCUUCAGCCAGGCCAACACCAGCCCUCCACAGCUGACCAGGGAGGAGGUCAAAGGUCGUGGCGCCCUGCUGUCUGACAUCUGUAAAGGUACCGAGUUGAGGAAGGUGUCGGUGGUGAACGACCGCAGCGCUCCGCUGCUCGACAGUAAGACUCAAACACCAAAGAGCCAAACACCAACCACAGAGCACCCAUACAUUCGCUUAUUCCAAUACCUGCACCAGCAGCAGAGCCAGCCCAAACAGCAGGGGGCGCCGUCUGAGGAGCAGCACAACAAGACGUCCCUGGAGAAGCCUAAAAGAGGCAGAGUAGCAACAGUAGGAGGAGCCACUGUGGGUGGAGUUCCCAAACUGCAGCCAUUUCCAGAUGUCCCACCUGGACGUCCGCCCUCCACCAGAGCCGCUGCGCCCCGCCCUCCCCGUCAUCACCACAACAACACUAAUGACUCCUCCCCUCAGGCAUCAUCGCCCUUGGAGACCAGUCACUCCCAGCGUCCUUUGCUCCUUUCUCCCUCCCCCCCCUCCACUGGCACGAAGCAUGCUUCCUCUGCCCCUCCUCCCCCUUUCUGUCGCCGUGGCAACGCCCCCUCCCCUCCCACCUCCGCCUCCUCCUACAGAGAGAAGCCGCUCCCACCCACACCAAACAGCACCCCGCCCCUCCCCUCAAAACCCCCCCCAUCUCCUGGCAACAACAGACGUCCUCCCAUCUCAGGAGCUAACCCCGCCCCUUACACGCCUCCCUCCACGCUGGCCCCGCCCCCUCAGCAUUACCACAUCACCAACGGUCUGACAGGAAGUGGUGGCGAAGCAGCGCCCGAGCUGCCGCAUCGUCACAACUCCCUCAGCAACAAGAGGCCCGCCCCUUCACCUGGAGGCCACACACCCACCCGAGGCCCCGCCCCGCCUCCUCCCCCAGCCUCGCCCACCCCCUCCCAACAGGGUGCCAACAGGCCGCCGCCCCCAGUCAGAGAGACUGCAGGUCGAGGAGCAGCUCCUCCUGGUCUGUCAUCGACCUCGAAGGCAGGGACAAGAGAAGCCCCGCCUCCUCCGCCUCCACCUUAUAGGAUACUUGGUAGCCCCUCUCUCUCCUCUGACCCCCCCACCAGAGGAAAACCUCCUCCCCCGCCCACCCGCACUCCUGCUGCUCCUCCCCCGCCUCCUCUCCGUAACGGACACGCCCCCUGCCCCUCCAUCUCUCGUUCAUUUGUGGACGACUUCGAAUCCAAGUAUUCGUUUCAUCCACUGGACGAUUUCCCGCCUCCUGAUGACGUCAGACAUUUUACUAAGAUCUACCCGAGCAGAGCCAACAGAGUGACGAGAGGAGCUCCACCCCUUCCUCCUGUUGGGAGGUGAUGCAUGAACACACUCACGCACACACGAAGCAGAGGAGUGAGUUCAGUUGCUACGUUAGCUUUAAACCAGUGACAUCGCUGUGAGCACAGAAGCCACGCCCCCACCACCACCACCGCCUAUCAUCUGUCUCUAUGCUAAGCUAACCAUGUUCUCAACUAAAUGUGUGGGACAGAUGCACCUUAACACAAAGUCAGACCUGGAUCCAGGUCAGGAUCUGGUUCUAGACCUGGAUCCGAGUCUGGACCUGGUCUUACUGUAAACAGCGUUUCUGAGUGAUUUUCAGGUGAAACUAUAUUUAAAGAUUCUGAUAUUUUCUUUGUGAACAUUAAAGUUGGAUGUUGCAGAAAUAUUAGUCGUGUUAAUAAACGUCGUAAUUGUGCCAUAAAUGUUAGCGUCGUAGCAUCAAACAGCGUCAAAAAUAAAGUUGUGAUGUUUUGAAAACAAGUUUGGUGACGAGAGAAACCUGAAGAAAAUGAACUUGUGACGUCCCUGAACCCUGUCCUGUGAUUGGUCCCUGAACCCUGUCCUGUGAUUGGUUGUGACGCCUUGUUGCUGAACUGCAUUUUGGGUAUGUUGCUUUGUAAACUUGUCUGCUCGCAGUAUAUCGUCGUCAUGGUUACAGAAACAUUAGCAACUGUUGGUUUGAAGUCGGCCAUGACCAUCUUUAGCCACGCCCACUGUAUUUUUACAUGGCGUUGUUAAUGAAUCAAAGUCAUGUAACCUCACUUCACCUCUGUUGUUUUGUUUGAAUUUUAUUACGAAAGAACAAAAGUUUAAAUCGUUUCGUUGUUUUUUGAUUUUUGCCUUAACAACUGCAUGAACACAAUAAACUGCUUCCUGUUGCAUCA